CAUAAAACCGUAAGACGGCACCGAAUGUGCAACAAAGAACGGGAUCGCCGCUCAGCUCCUGGCCGAAGGCUGAAGUAGAGUCCAGGGACCCGGGAUUGUUCCGCACACGCCUUUUCAUCCGGGACUCAUCGAAAAAAAAUAAUAUUAACUCUUAAUAAUAUGGGAAAACAAAGUAUCUACAUACUGUUUUUUGGGGUGUGUUUUAUCAAAACUUGCGCAAGUUUUUCCAAUACCACUGAAGCAACUCCAUCCAGCACAGGCAACACCACCUCCUGGAUCGAGAACUUCAGCGACAUCGAGUCCAAGUUCUCGCUAAGAACAGCCGACACCCCGGAUGAGGACAUGUGCUACAUCAUUCCCGGUCAGCCGGACACCAUCGCGGGAUGUGACUUUAAACGCGACUCACAGACCUUCGUGGUCAUCCACGGAUGGACGGUGACGGGGAUGUAUGAGAGCUGGGUGGUGAAGCUGGUGAAGGCCCUGUACGAGCGGGAGCCCGCCGCCAACGUGCUGGUGGUGGACUGGCUGGCGAGAGCCCAGCAGCACUACCCCACCUCAGCCGCCUACACCAAGCUGGUGGGACGCGACGUGGCCAAGUUCGUCAGCUGGCUGCAGGCCGAGCUGAAGUACCCCUGGGAGAAGAUCCACGUCCUCGGCUACAGCCUGGGGGCCCACGUGGCAGGAAUCGCCGGCUUCCUCACCAAGCAGAGGAUCAGCAGGAUCACAGGCCUGGAUCCCGCCGGGCCCGGGUUCGAGUAUGCCGACGACCAGAGCACGCUGUCUCCGGACGACGCCGAAUUUGUGGAUGUGCUGCACACGAACACCAGGGGGUCGCCCGACCGCAGCAUCGGCAUCCAGAGGCCCGUGGGUCACGUGGAUAUCUACCCCAACGGGGGCACCUUCCAGCCGGGCUGCGACCUGCAGAACACAGUCAUGAUGAUCGCCACCUCCGGCUUCCACUACAUGGACCAGAUCGUGAAGUGUUCCCAUGAGCGCUCCAUCCACCUGUUCAUCGACUCGCUGGUGAAUCAGGAGAAGCAGAGCCUGGCUUUCCGCUGCGGCACUAAAGAGGCUUUCAACAAUGGCCUGUGCCUGAGCUGCCGCAAGAACCGCUGCAACAAGCUGGGCUAUGAAGUCAGCAAGGUGCGCUCACGACGGUCUGUGCGGAUGUUCCUGAAGACCCGCGAGGCCAUGCCCUUCAAAGUCUUCCACUACCAGGUGAAACUGCACCUCUUCAGCCAGCAGAAUCAGACCUUCAUCGAGCAGCCAAUCAAGAUCACUCUGCUUGGGACCAAUGGAGUGAAGGAGGACAUCGCCCUCGUUGUGCCUCAGCUGAGCACCAACAGCACCAUUUCCUUCCUGCUGACCUCCGAUGUGGACAUCGGAGACCUGCUGAUGGUGAAGAUGGUUUGGGAAAAGGACUCUUUCCUCAGUUUGUCCAGCUGGUGGAGCAGCAGCAGCUUCCUGGUCCGGAAGAUGCGCAUCAAAGCUGGAGAAACUCAGGCCAGGGCCGUCUUCACUGUCAAACAGGGGGACAUAGUACACCUUGUGAAAGGUGGGGAGGAGAUAGUCUUUGUGAAGUCGGAAGAGGAUGAAGCCAGCCGGAAGCAGAGACGGAUGCACAGACUGAAGAUGUAUGGGAGUUCCUUCAAACAGAGCACUAUGUAAAACUUCCCCCAAAGCCAGCGCCCUCCUGCUGGCCAGAGGCUGGUUCCUGCACAAUGUAGUUCUCUCUAAAUCUGCAUGUCUGUCUCACUGAAAUGUGCCCGCUCACUGAUUCUUGUCCUUUGACAAUUUAAGCACUUUGGUAACAGUCUUCUAAUCAUUGAUGAAAUACAUCAUUACUGUCUUCCAGUCCUCAUUCCAGAACACCCUGGAUUUUUAAACUGGACCUAUAAAACCGACAACGGUUGAACGUGGAAUGUGUCGACUUCGGAUUUUCCCUUGAGGCUUGCAGUCGUUUUUUCUUCUUCUCCUGCCUACUUGUUAGAGUGUACUGUACACAUACCUGCUUAAUUUAUAUAUGCAUAGCACUUGUCUGAUUGUCCUCCAUGUGCUUCUGCAGUGCCAAGUAACGAUGGCCCUGAAGUGCAAAACACAAAGUGUUAAUAAAACACAGAGCAUCAAAGAAAGCACAAAAGUUUGCGAAAAACACACAACGUACAUUUUUGGGGGUUUCCUUAACGUCUUGUGUUUUUGCACUUCAGGGCCACCAUAGCAUUCAGAUAGAAUUUAUCUUCUCUGUUAGCUUUUUAGCAUUAGCUUGCAGGUGCACCCUCUAGUUUGUGGACAUCGUUCACUGUCCAAUGUCUGUCUGCUGGCCCAUCUGAUCUCCAAGUAUUCCGAUUGUUUAGAUCUGCUCUCCAGAUGUCCUAAGGUUAGCUUUGGUCACAUCAUGCCCAUAAUGACAUGAAGAUGAAUCCCCUCUUAAAGCAGACACAUGUUACCUCCAAUAGCUUAUUAGCCAUCCUAGUUAACUCUCAGUUGUCUCAUGUGUACAGUUUCACAGAAACUGAAAUGUUGUCAAACAAGUCUUUGGAAUGCAUGCUAUAUCUAGGCUCUUAGAAUAAUAAUAAUAAUUUAAAAAUGUAAAAAUUAGGGGCUUAAAGCUUCCCACUUUUACACCAAAGGGACCAACCCGGGCAAUUGUCACAAAUUCCGUGAAAUGGGGCUAGACCACUGAGAUGCGAUUUCUCAAAUUUAGAUAAAACAAAUUGAAACUCACAUAUCCUGUCUCUUUCAUGUCUAUAAUGUCAUUGGACUUAAGGGGUGCAGUCAAGGUAUGGUUAUGAGUCCCCACAAGUCAGGGUCACACAAGAAAAUCAUUCGGCUAGUUCACUGUCUGCUAUAAGGGACUGACCUGAAAUCUCAGCCAUCGAAGCUCAUGUCAGCCCUGGUACUUGAGUGUAUUACCUUCCAUGAUUAUUAUCUCUCCAAUAAUACUGCAUACUCUAUUUAUUGAAUGUAUGUGUAUAUUUGUAUAUUACGCUGUACAUAAUAUAUUUUUGCUAGGCUUCCAAAGAUAUCUAUUUUAUUAUCCUCUACUUUGAAGUACUAUUGAGCUAAUGUUCUGCUUUUGAAGGUGGAUUUCAUACAGAGAGAUGGGAAAGUGGGUUUGGUAGGCAUUUCUCCCGCCAAUGCGGGCUGUUAUUAUGUUUGUUUUGAGAUGCAAUGUACUGUAUUAGAGGGGGAACUUGGUACUGUAAUAAAGCUGGUAAACCUCA